GAGAUUCUUAAGAAUGAAAAUUACAGAGAAGAAAUGAAACAGAAAAUCAAAGAUCUAUCUGAAAAGGAUAAACUGCUGCGAGCCAAGGAAUAUAAGGAGGGACUUGUUGCUGAACCAGCUCAUACUCAUGUCAAAGGCCACGCAUCUGCCCCUUACUAUGGGAAGAUAGAGCCCUCACAGGAUCCAACCAGCACUGCCAGUACCUUUCAGCCAGGCUCCUGGAUGCCACCGGACAGCAGCAGUAGUCAUAAUAAAUAA